AUUUCUUUUCGCUCUUCUCUCUCUCUCUUCUCUCUCUCAUUCUCUUUUUCCCCAAAUCCGUUCUCCAGAGCGAGAGGGUAAACCUAGGUAAAGGACUCUCAAACCAAUCACAAAUUUCUAAAUCAAAAUUCGGAAAAAUCUCAAUUGAUCAAAGAUGCUGAGAGUAGCAGGGAGGAGGCUUUCUUCUCUCUCAUGGCGCUCUGGCCAGACUUCGUCCGCCGCAUUUGUGUCCAGAAACCCAUUCACCGCCGUUGAUUCAUCCUCAGAUGGAAGAAGAAGCGGACCCAUCUCUUCAUCGGACCACUCGUUUGCCUUCUCUACUUCCGUUCUCGAUCAAAUCAGAGGGUUUUCUUCGGGUACCAUUGUGCAUGGAGAGGAGACUGGUCUGUUUGCAGAUAUGCCUGCUACAGUGGCAGCAAUCAAGAAUCCCAGCCCGAAGAUUGUGUACGAUGAACACAACCAUGAGCGUUAUCCACCAGGUGAUCCUAGCAAACGUGCAUUCGCGUACUUUGUUCUAACUGGUGGGAGAUUUGUCUACGCAUCAUUGGCUCGCCUCCUGGUACUCAAAUUUGUUUUGAGCAUGUCUGCCAGUAAGGAUGUUCUUGCGCUCGCCUCCCUCGAGGUGGAUCUUUCCAGCAUCGAACCUGGGACAACUGUCACUGUGAAGUGGCGUGGGAAGCCGGUUUUCAUUAGGCGUCGAACUGAAGACGACAUCAAAUUGGCCAACAGUGUUGACCUUGCCUCUCUCCGGGACCCACAAGAGGAUGCUAUUAGGGUUAAGAAUCCGGAAUGGCUUGUGGUUGUGGGUGUGUGCACACAUUUGGGUUGCAUUCCAUUGCCGAAUGCAGGUGAUUUUGGCGGUUGGUUUUGCCCAUGCCAUGGUUCCCAUUACGACAUCUCUGGUAGGAUUCGCAAAGGACCCGCACCGUACAAUCUGGAAGUUCCUACUUACAGCUUUUUGGAAGAGCAUAAGUUAAUGAUCGGGUGAGGGUUUGCUAUUUAAUAAUAGUACACCAAUCUUCACAACUGUGGGGACUAUUUAUCUUAUGAUACUCUGCUUUUGUAAUUGUUAAUUUUGUCUUUUUUAAGUCUGCUCUGUUUUAUGUUUACUUUUAUUGACUUGGAUUAUGGCGUAGCAGAGUCUUUGAAGUGGCUUCGCCGUUUUGAAUAAUUUGGGAUACUCGUAAUUGUUUUGUCAUGUUGAAUGAGUUUGUAUUGA